GAUGUGGCACGUGUGACGUCAUUCCGGCCGCAGUGGAGCAGUGACGUGGUGAAGAGCUGCUGCAGUGUAAAGCGCUUUAGUUUCUUAUUUUCUGGACGGAGGAAGAGCAACUUUCUUUCAGCCGUCUGUUUGGGGUUUUGAGGCACAGAAGCUUGGUGUUUUAUCCCCGGCGUCUCGGCUGCUCGGAGCUCGGAGGAAGCCUGCGACCUUCUCGGUGUUGUGUGUGUGUGUGUGUGUGUGUGUGCUGGACUCCGUUAGCCUGUUAGCCGCUCUCUGAAGCAUCUUCAAACUAAACUUCAGCUUCACAACCGCUCUUUAAUCUUCUGUGAAUUAAAAAUUAAAAUGGGGCUGACCAUUUCCAGCGUCUUCUCGAGGCUUUUCGGGAAAAAACAAAUGCGAAUUCUUAUGGUUGGCCUUGAUGCUGCCGGGAAAACGACGAUCCUUUACAAACUUAAACUCGGAGAAAUCGUCACAACAAUUCCAACUAUAGGCUUUAAUGUUGAAACCGUGGAGUACAAGAACAUUUGUUUCACUGUUUGGGAUGUGGGUGGCCAGGAUAAGAUCAGACCUCUAUGGAGGCACUACUUCCAGAACACACAGGGUCUCAUCUUUGUGGUAGACAGCAACGAUCGUGAGCGUGCACAGGAAGCUGCCGAAGAACUGCAGAAGAUGCUUCAAGAGGAUGAGCUCAGAGAUGCAGUUUUGCUGGUGUUUGCAAACAAGCAGGAUUUGCCCAACGCCAUGGCGAUCAGUGAGCUAACGGACAAACUCGGCCUGCAGACACUUAGGAGCAGAACUUGGUACGUUCAGGCGACCUGCGCCACUCAGGGAACAGGUUUGUAUGAAGGAUUGGACUGGCUUUCUGAGCAGCUGAGCAAACGUUAAGCUACAUUAAUUGGUUCACAUGAAGGGGUGUUUUAACAAAGGACACGAUCACACAACUGACAGACAAUGGAUAUACUCACUUACAUAUAUUAGCUCAUGGCUAUCAAAUUUGCCAUUGAGGCAACUUUUUUUUUUCUUCCUGAAUUGGGUUGACUGACUUGAAGUUCUGUUAUUUUCAACAUUUCAGUAAGGUGUGUGUAACUGUAUGCCUGUUUUAGUUUGAUUUGAACUAUACAAGGUGAAUUUCAACACAAAUUGAGUGAUGGGAAUGAGAACCUGUCCUUAGGCUCGUAUUUUGUCAAACAUGGGAACAUAUUUAUAUUUAUACAAACAUUUUUGCUCUCAUUCCAUUUUUAUCUAUCUAAAUUUUGCAUGCAUUUUAAUCUGAACAGCUUCCUUCAAUAAAUAAUGACUUUAGACCAAAUUGUGUAACACAAAUGCAUAAUAAUGAGAUGCAGAUCAAUAAUAUGAUGUUCUCCAGUGGUUAAGGGUGGGUUAAAGAUUUGUUUUUGUAUGAAAGAAAAUUUGAGUUGACUACCUGAUUUAUUUGGUCUUAAUACAGCUUACUAAUGAUGAUGCCUGGCUCGACCAUCUUGCUAUAUAACCAGCCUUUAACUAUAUUUACAAUUGCCUUAAAAAUGCUUGUUUCUUGCUUUGUGACUGUUUUAUUUUCAUAUAAAUUGAAAAUGACCAAAUGAGAUCACCAGAUUUAUUUGUAUAUACGUGCUGAAAGACGUACUUUGAUAUUGCAGUUAACAGUUUGCUCGGGCAUCUGCAAUCAUAUCAGUCCUUUUUUCCAUGGCUCAUUAAUAAUUCCUAUUAAACCCUGAAAUAAACGAUUGUGACUUAAAGAA